AUGCAUGUAUACUCGGUCCGAGUAUAUUUCGACAAUCUUCUUAAUGUGGGUCGUGAAGUUGCAGACGUGGAGCAGGAAAUAAACCCACCAACCGUUACGGACCUCGAAAAAUGCAUUAAAUACCUUAAAAACUACAAAGCAUCGGGUCUGGACACGAUAGCCGCCGAAAUGGUGAAGACUGCGGGCCCUGAACUAAUAGAGCGACUGCAUCACCUAAUCACGCAAAUCUGGCUUGAAGAAACCCUCCCGCAAGACUGGUGUUUAGGAAUAGUUAUACCGACCCACAAGAAAGGGGACAAGACAGUCUGCAGUAAUUACCGAGGCAUCUCAGUUCUGUCCGCGGCGUACAAGAUGUUUUUGGGGUGA